AUGGAAGAGGAUUUCGGAGGGGCGGCGGGGUAUACCCCCCACAGCGGCGGGGCCGGUGGCGGCAGCGGGGUCUGGGGCCGGCGUAGCGCCGUGAAGGGCCUCCUCAACCAGCCCGAGUCGCGUCGCGUGGUGGCCUUCUUCGCCGUGUUCGCCGCGUUCGGCCUCCUCCAGUUCCUCCACGCCUACCUUUCGGGCAGCCUCGCGUUGAUGGCGUUGAGCUUCCACACGGUGUUCAACGCGGUGAACCUCAGCCUCACCCUCCUGGCCAUGCUCUGUGCUCGCCUCAGCCCCACCCCUAGCUACACCUACGGGUACCAGAGGUACGAGGUGGUGGCGGGGUUCGUGAACAGCGCGUGCCACUCCUGGGAGGUGGCGCUGGUGGGGCUCGUGAGCGUGGGGCUGAACCUGGUCUGCCUCGUCUCCUUCCAGCCCCUGCGCCGCUUGACCACCCUCGAGUCGCCGAGCGAGGCUGAAGAUCAGUCGUGGGCGGUGAUGAGUACCAUCGCCGUCACGGUGGCCACGCUCGUGGUGCCCUUCCUCCUCAAGUGGGGCCUCGCAAUGGGGGACAUGGUGGUGGCCGUCUUCACGGCGGUCGUGCUGCUGACGGUGGCCACGCCGUUCGCACGCCACACGGGCAAGGUGCUGCUCCAAACGACCCCCAACGUCAUCAAGGACCGCCUCGGCAAGAGCCUCUCGGAGGCGGCCAUGUACGAGGGCGUGCUCGAAUGCCGCAAGGAGCACUUCUGGGCGCUCUCCCCCAACGAGUAUGUGGGGAGCUUCUUCCUGCGGGUGAAGCAGGACACGGACGAGCAGCUGGUGCUGGCCAAGGUCACCAACCUCUUCUCCGGCUUUGUCAAGCACCUCACCAUCCAGAUCGAGAAGGAGGAGUCCUACUUCCAAUGA